AUGCCUUUGCAUGACUGCGCUGUGCUAUCAUCUCAUGGUCAGAAGUGCCACGGAGAAUCCGGACUGUCCCGUUUGGGAAGGUCCAGCCUUUGGCCGCUGGAAAUCUUGGAUCUUGCAGAUCCAGAGCAGAUGCGGGCAGUGUACGAUGUGGUCUGGGAGUCACCUUUGGCUUUGGAGUACCUCUUUGAUCACUCCACCUUCUUGCCUGGUGCAGGCAUCAUCGAUGUAAACCCCAGCCAGUACAUGGCUUGCGGCCAGGAACUCGCCGGUCACCAGUUAUUUGGCUUGUGCUUCGGCUUCAGCGGAACACCGAACGACCUGCUGCCGCAGGCGAUGGGCAAGUGUGCAUAUGCAGAAGGCGACGACGGCAAAAUUCUAGACACCCUCAGCAGGCCGGAGGUGGUUACUGUGCAGGAGGUGGAUGCUUGGAGUCCUCACUCGCUGUUGGACUUCAUCGCAAAGGCGAUAUCUUCAGAUGGCAGGCCGAAAUACCACGCACUAAUUGACACUGGUGCCCUCAUCACAGGCAUGACCAACCGCGAGGUGGCCACAUACCUCCUCCAGAACGGGUUGAAAGGACUGGAGGGUGUCGUGUUGAGCUCAGCUUCACAUUCCUUGGAGACGACCUCCUGCUAA